UACAUGGGGGCCGCUGACAUGGCGACGCCGAAGGAGGAGGCACGUGGCCUUUUCAGGCAGGGCGUGCAAGCGGUGUUGGACAGCUGGGCCGUGUUGCAGAUAGCAGUUGAAAAUGGCUUUGGAGGAGCACAUAGCCAAGAGAAAGCUGAAUGGAUGGUAGGGGCUGUGGAGCAAUACUUUGAGAGCAAUGUUGACCUUGAACCAGAGGAGAUAGAGGACUUCCUUGCUGAACUGAUGAACAAUGAAUUUAACACUAUAAUAGAAGAUGGAAGCUUGGCUCAGGUAAGCCAGCAACUGUGCCUGUUUUUCAGACAGAGCCAUCAGGGUGACACAGCAGCAAUGCUUGAUGCCAUUAUCCAUCUGGCACAGAAGAAACAAGAGGCUAGGAGAGCAGUUGCCAAAUCUCAGCCAGCUGCAGAAAGCAGCAGUGAGGAAGAACAAGAAACGGAAGAAGAGGCCAUGGACUGCAGUGCUGGUUCCAGCGUGAAUGGAAUACAAAGCAAUCCAUCUCCGCUGUCAGAUAGGACUACUGAAGAUGGAUGGAUGUUGGUGACCAGGAAAAAGAAAUGAAGGAAAAAACUGUGGUAGACCUGGACAGAUGCAGCAAGCCUUGAAUUCUUGUAUAGGACAAAUAGGCUUCCAAAGAAGCCUGGGUACACUGGAAGCACUUUUGUUGGCUGUAUCUUUGCUCCUGAUUUAACAGAGGCUAAAUGGAAUUCAACUUGGUGGCAUAAAAUAUUUUUAAUCUUUGAAGUUUCUUCCCCUU